GUUACCGUAGAAACCAAAACAAAGUCAUCGAUAAUAUAUGACAGUAUUCUUCAAACCUUCGAGAAUUAGUGGUGCAGGAAAAUCAAAAUGAGUGAAUCACUGAGACAAAUUGAAAAAGCGGAUUCAAAAACCCAAUACAAAUUAUCCCUCAACGAUAGUGUGGAUCCCAGUUACUCGAAUCUAGUGCUACCUUAUCGCGUGGUAUGUCGCCAGAGAUACCGAAGAGCUGGUGUUAAACAAAGGGCACAAUUCAUAAAAGAAAUCAAGGAUCAUGAACUUCUACAAACGAAAGCCUUGGACGGCGUGAGAAUCCACAGAGAGUUUUGUAAUGCCAUUAUACGUCCUCCACACCCUGACGAAAUUAUUAGGCUUACCGAAUCGCAGAAAAUGAAAAUAGAGGAAAUCCUUGCCAGACCGUUUUGAUUGUCUUGGAUUCGAGCUGAAGUUUAUGGAAUUAAUUCAAUAAAAUUAUGGAAAUAAAGACAAUUUACAUACCAAA